GUGAGCUGUUAAGAUAUCCCGGUUAUACAGCUUCGCCUGAUCUGCGCCACCAUAUGCAGUUUGUAAACUUAGUAUCGUUAAAGGAAUGUGAAUGAGAAGGGAUAUCACCUGCGGACAUGUCGACGGCGCAAGCUCAUGGUUUCCCUAUUACCGGCAUGCCCGAUCAUCGUAGUCAUGGCAAGUAUCCUACACCUUCUAAACGAGUUUAAUGUGAUAACAACGUUGAAACAGGACCUCUCGCCCAAAUGCUCGUUUUAUCGACUUCAUUGCCAACAAUGCGAAGCGCCCACUGAACCCACAUAUCAGAAUGGUCUGGCCAGAAUAUUUGACGCCAUGUUAUCCUGUGUUUUCGCAUUCGUGGUUGCUAAAGUAACAAGCCGGGUUUACGGUUUGUGCAACUCAAAACUCGAGAGGAACUUGGUCGAGCGAGCGACAUAAAAAAAAGUUGAACAUGACCACAACUCUCUCAUAGAACUACCACCUUUGACCGUGCACA